CUCCCUCUCCUCAAUCGCAAGGCUGCGCUCACCGACUCGACACCGCCGACAGGGAUGCAGCGAGGGCGCAGCGCAGCCUGAAAAUGGCACCACCACCACGCGUCCUGUGGAUCUAUCCAUCCCUUAUCCUCCUGUCCGCCCUGCUUCUUUUUCACGCGUUACCGCCGUGCCGAGCCUUACGGAAUUACCCGGAGAAUGAAGUCACGUUGCUGGACUCCAUGUCCGCCUUGGCCGACCUGGGCUGGGAGGCUUACCCGAAUGACGGGUGGGAGGAGAUCAGUGUGAUGGAUGAGCGGAACACGCCGAUGAGGACCUACCAGGUGUGCAACGUCAUGGAGGCCAACCAAAACAACUGGCUGAGGACGCGCCACAUCAGCCGGGAAGGAGCGCAGCGCGUCUACAUCGAGAUCAAGUUCACCCUGAGAGACUGCAACAGCCUGCCCGGGGUCCCCGGUACCUGCAAAGAGACAUUCAACAUGUACUACUACGAGUCCAACAAUGCCAACGUGUGGUUCAUCAAGGAAAGCCAGUACGUCAAGAUCGACACUAUCGCCGCAGACGAGAGCUUCACACAGGUCGACGUCGGCGACCGCGUCAUGAAGCUGAACACGGAGGUGAGGGACAUCAGCAACCUGAGCAAAAAGGGCUUCUACCUGGCCUUCCAGGACCUGGGGGCCUGCAUCGCUCUGGUCUCGGUCAGGGUCUUCUACAAGAAGUGCCCGCUCACUGUGCUCAACUUGGCCCAGUUCCCCGACACGAUAACGGGCGGGGACACGGCGCUGGUUGAGGUCCACGGCGCGUGCGUGAAUGCCUCUGUGGAGUUCGAGGCGCCCAAGAUGUACUGCAGCGCGGACGGAGGCUGGCUGGUUCCCAUCGGGAGGUGUGUGUGCAAACCGGGCUUCGAGGAGAACAAGGACAUCUGCCAACCAUGCAGACCGGGAACAUACAAAGCCUUGGCCACAGAUGCGUACUGCACCAAAUGUCCUCCUCACAGCUCAUCGCCGCAGGAACAAGCCGUCGAGUGCAUUUGCGAGAAAGGUUUCCACCGCGCUGAGACCGACCCACGCUCUAUGGCCUGCACACGUCCUCCAUCUGCUCCAGAGAAUGCCAUCUCAACGGUGAACGAGACCUGCGUCACCUUGGAGUGGUCUCCGCCCAGAGACUCGGGAGGCAGAGGAGACAUCACCUACAGCCUCCACUGCAGGAAGUGCUCUGGGGACGGCAGGAAGUGCACACCGUGUGGCAGCAGCGUCCAUUUUGUUCCCAGGCAGUUCGGUCUCUCGUCGGCCACCGUGCUGGUCACCGACUUGCAGCCGGACUCGAACUACAGCUUUACAGUGGAGAGCCAAAACGGAGUGUCUGAUUUAAGUCCAACGCCCAGAGGGACAGUUGUCAUAAAUGUCACCACGUCGCAGACAGUGAGUGUAGUGUUGAAGGAAAGGCGGAGCAAGGACAGCGUGACUUUGGCCUGGCAGGGUCCAGAGAGACCCAAUGGAGCGAUAGUGGAGUAUGAGGUCAUCUACUACGAGAAGAACCAGCGGGAGCAGAACUACACCGUUUUGAAGACCCGCUCCAACAUGAUGACGGUGGACGGGCUGAAGCCGGGGACCACCUACGUGUUCAGGGUCAGGGCUCGGACCGACGGCGGCUAUGGGAGCUACGGCGGAGAGAUUGAACUGGAAACCAGCCACGAAGAUGUCCUGGCCAUUGGAGACCCCAACCAGUCCACCAUUCUGGCCGUGUCCAUCGCAGGGGGAAUCGUUCUCCUCAUCUUCCUGGUGACGUGCUUCGUUGUCAGCGGAAGGCACUGUGGGUACAUCAAGGCCAAGCAGGAUCCUGAUGAGGAGAAGAUGCAGUUCCAACAUGGCCGAGUGAAGCUUCCAGGCAGCCGGACCUACAUCCAUCCUCACACCUAUGAAGACCCCAACCAGGCCGUCAGGGACUUUGCCAAAGAGAUAGAUGCUUCCAACAUUCGCAUAGAGAGAGUCAUUGGAGCUGGAGAGUUUGGGGAGGUGUGCAGUGGUCGGCUCCGGGUGCAGGGGAAGAGGGAGAUCUACGUGGCCAUCAAGAGUUUGAAGGCGGGCUACUCUGACAAACAGAGGAGGGACUUCCUGUCCGAGGCCUCCAUAAUGGGGCAGUUCGACCACCCCAACAUCAUCAGGCUGGAGGGUGUCGUCACCAAAUGUAAGCCGGUGAUGAUCAUAACGGAGUUCAUGGAAAAUGGAUCUCUAGACACUUUCCUCAAGAAACACGACGGCCAGUUCACAGUGAUCCAGCUGGUCGGCAUGCUGCGUGGCAUCGCCUCCGGCAUGAAGUACCUGUCAGACAUGAGCUACGUUCACAGAGACCUGGCAGCUCGGAACAUCCUGGUCAACAGCAACCUGGUGUGCAAGGUGUCCGACUUUGGCCUGAGCCGAGUUCUGGAGGACGACCCAGAGGCCGCCUACACUACAAGGGGAGGGAAGAUUCCCAUCAGAUGGACGGCUCCAGAGGCCAUAGCCUACAGGAAGUUCACCUCAGCCAGUGAUGUGUGGAGCUACGGUAUUGUCAUGUGGGAGGUGAUUUCAUACGGAGAGAGGCCCUACUGGGAGAUGUCCAAUCAGGAUGUGAUCAAAGCAAUAGACGAGGGCUACCGUCUUCCUGCCCCUAUGGAUUGUCCCGUGGUGUUGCACCAGCUCAUGUUGGACUGCUGGGAGAAGGGGCGCAGCGACAGGCCAAAGUUUGGACAGAUUGUCACGAUCCUGGACAAGCUCAUCAGAAACCCUGCCAGCCUCAGAGAGCUGGCCAACAGCUCAGUAUGCAGGGAGGACCCGUCCACCCCAGAGUUCAGUGUGAGCACAGUGGAUGAGUGGUUGCAGGCCAUCAACAUGGGCCAGUAUAAGGAGAACUUUUCCAGUGCUGGAUAUGUCAGCUUGGACUCUAUCCUCUACAUCAGUGUCAGUGAAUUGGCGAAGAUGGGAGUAAACCUGGCCGGCCACCAGAAGAAGAUUUUGUCCAGCGCGCAGACCCUGCAGACCCAGGGCACGCACGUCCAAGUAUAACAGUCUCCAUACAAACACACAGUGAGCUAGACUCAAAUGGGAUACUCCUGUCCAAGAGUUUCCCCUCUCAAAUGGAGUUGUAAUGGAUGAUCUGUGUUUGGCCUCCAUUGACUUUUGAGACACACUGAGAUGGAGACAACACUGACGCUUGACUCCUUCACCUUCUCGCAGUUCACCCAUUCUUCCCAUCCUCGAUGGGCACCACUGGCUUUAGCACUCAAGAGUCCCAAGCAACACAAUCACCGUUAAUGGAGCAACUGAGGCACAUUCCCAACGAUAAGGUCGCACCAGAGCUACCCAGACCAUUUCACAUCAUAUCCGCUCAACAAAAGAAGAAAAAAAAAGACUUUUAACAAAAGAAAUGACAAAAAAAUUUAGAAUAUAAUUAUCAUCACUGUCUGUGAGGUGUACAGUCGGUUUCUACUGUCAUUUUCGUUGGAGUUUUCACCUCGAAGAGUUUAAAAAGGGUCAGAAGAUAUGUAUAUGUGUAGAUAUGUGUUUAUAUGGGCCGUGUGUCCCACAACCGUAGAGCUGGACCUAACGUUUGUAUCGGUGGUGAGGUUUAUAUUGCUCAACCUUAACAGGAGUUAUUACCUAGUCCAUGUCUGGCCCCUUCCAUUUGCUCUCCGUAUGCAGGAAGCCAAUGAAUGAGCCGAGAUUUUGAAUGACGUGAAUGUGUGGGGAGAGGAGAAGAGAAAAACUGGACCUUUAGCGAUAGAGAGGGAUGUAGAUUUUCCUAGCUUGUGUAGGAUGAGCGUAUGGUUUAAAUAGCGCAUUUGACCAGAGAAGGGCUUCCUCAGCGACUGCUCUCAGACACACUUCCAUAGCAACUAGACCCAGUGCACGUUUGCUAGUCUAUUUGCACGGUUCUUUGAAACUGAAAGCAAGGAAAUGGCUAAAACUGCUUACAAUGCAGUUAGCACAGACAAAAUUUUACUCUUCCACUGUCUUUUUCAAUCAGCUUUGUCCGUUAUGGACAUUUCAUUGCAAUGUCUUUGGGAACAUCUCAGCCCAAAAGUUUGCCUUCCUGUGUUUCAGGUGUUUUAAGAAACUUAAUGUGUUUUGUGUAGAGCAAAGGUGACGCAAAGGUCAUGAUAGAGUUGACACUGUUAAGAACGUAUGACUUGUUUUUCCAGUGUUGUGUCAUGUACAGUAACCUUGAAAUGUUCAUCUGGGCAACAUACCACCAUAACAACUGUAAGCUUUCCUUUCAUCAAGUCCCAUGCUUGGAUGGUUACACAAGGCCAGUCAUAAUAAUUACAGCGCUUUGUGUUUCCCAAAUAGUCUGCUUGAUGAAAAGGAGCAUCAGAAUGAACCCCCUUUUUCAGCAAGAUGAAAUAUAAACAGUGUUGGUUUUCAGAUGUGCCACCACAAGAGGGUAAAUGUUACUUUAAAAAAAAAAAAAAGAUACGUGUAUUGUACUGCCUCACUUUCUUGUUUCUUGGUCAUGCCAACCUAUUUCGAGCAUCCGUAUUUUCAAACCAAUAUCCAUAAUGUAACUUUACCAAACGAUGUUUACAGCAAGAAGCAAAUAAAUGUGUUGGUUUUUCCUUAUCCGAGGAAAACUGCUGCUUAUCACAUGAAGUACACAAGCAGAUUUGAAGGGACCCUCUAGUGUACACUGUAUUAAUGACACUGAACCUGCUCUAAGUGUAUUCCCAAACCCAGUUUUAAUAUAUGUGGUACUCUAUAGGACCAACAGUGGCAUAAAGUACAGUAUAUAUGAUUGUAUCAUAGUGUAAAAUAUGUACAGUGUUGAUUUCCAAUGUUAGAAUGUUUGUAAUGAUAACGAUGAUGAUGUACUUUUAUUGUGAUAAAGAGAUUUCUGAAGUACUUGUUCAGGGGCGGUUCAUACAGGAGGAAAGUGAAGGGAGGUGGUUCGUUGGUCUGAACAAAGGAAUGUAGCAUGGCGCAAGGCUUCAGCUUUGAUUGACAGGUGACAGUGACUGCAGUUUCUAAAAUAGCGUUAGAAUGAGUAGAAUGGACUUUCCUUAUCGAUGCACUGGCUUCAUUUGCAUAUCCACCUUAGGCUGUAACAACAUGCACUUUUUAACCCCGUUUCUGCAAACAACUUCUAAAAAAGCUUCUUCAGACGAAGGCGGUCGGAGGCACGGAUUAAGAGAACUACUCAAGUGAGUUGCCAAAGGUCUCCAAGAGCAACAGAAAAUGUCGCUAGAUUUGUCACUAUUUGCUUAUUUGGAAAAAAAAGUCGCUAGAGGGGUCUAAAUAAACGCUAAAUACAGCGACAAAGUCAUUAAAUUGACUCAGUCACGAGCAAAGACUUGUCAGAAUAUACCAUCAUGUGAGGGAUGAAAAUGAGCUACUUUUAUAAAUAUAAUUAAAAUAUUAUGUUUAUAAUUAUAUAUACAAUGAUAUUAUAUUAUUGUAUAUAUUAAAAUGAAAUUAGAAUGCCAAGCUUUAAAUAGGAAUAUAUGAUAGUAAAAUGAAAUUUAAACAAAAUUGGUCAAGUUUAGAGGGAUUGUCUGGGAUCAUUAAGUGGGCCACUCCAAUUGAUUUGGCGGGUCGGGUCUGGCCCAGGCUGUAGUCUGGGGACCCCUGCUCUAAAGCCUUCCCUUAGCUUGGUAAUGGUAUUUGUGCAUGGCACACCAGUCAAGCUUUUCACGAGCUGCAUGGACUACAAGGACUAGCAUGAAAAGAGUUUGAAGGACACUGCUAUGUCUUUUCCAAAACCAAAACCUGAGACAGUAUGUGCCAAUGCAUUCUUAGGGGCUCUAAUGUGAGCUGCAAUAAGCUUUGUAUGUGAGCAUUAUUCCCAAGGUCAACAAUAUGAUUGCAAUUACAAUAUAACUGUGUUAGUAGUUUCUGGCCUGGCAGGUUAUGUUAAACCAUCGAUGGUAUAGAUGGACUAUAGAAGCUAACAUGAAGGUUUAUUACCACAGGCCGUGGCUAGAUGCUGACUCAGUCAUUUUCUCCACAAGUCAUUAUCAUGUCCUUAGCUAAAUUCACUUCUUCUAACAGUGUGCUGUUGGUCUUUUUGAAAAUUGCUCUAUAAUUAAAUAGAUAGGCCUCACAGAGCUCACUUCUGACUUCAGUGAGAUGCACCCAUCGCUCAUCCCCAGCUCCUCCCUAUUGUCCACAUAAAGCCACUUCAGGCACAAACGAAUUCCAAACUACAGGCUUCCAGUCACAGCAAACCACCAGGUGACGUCACAUUUUUAGCUAAUUAACACUUACAGUUAUUGGACACGUCCCCCUGUUGCCAUUGUAAACUGUAUGUAUUGCAUAGCAUAUGCCAUGCUAUUAACUAGGGAGCUGUGCUCAGACUGCCAGCUGGGGCCGAGCCAAAGAGGGCAGCCGAGCAUUUAUAAGGCUUUUAAUUUGUGUUUUUCUGCCCCAUUUCUUCAGAAUUGGUAAAUAAAUGGCAGGGUUAAUAUGCUGAGAUGCUGAGAAUUUACAGUCGAAGAAUUGCGUUUCUUCUCGUCAAACCACUUAACUACUUUGUUACGUAAGCCACACAUUAAAAAAAAAAAUAAUAAUAAUACAAAUUUGUCAGAAAUGGUUCAUUCUACUCUUGCUAACUCUAUGAUUUCACUCUAGCGGACUACCCUUGACCGCUGGCCUUUUAGAUGCCUUAUUUACUGAGCUAUUGUUCUUUUCUGUUGCCCUACAGAGGCGAUAUUAAGAGUAAAGUGUAUAUACAGGUAGUAUUUAUCUGUGUUCAUCGGUGACCUCACAUCAACACCCUGGUUUUGUAACAACCCAGAGGCCCCCUUCCAACAACAACGCCACUUUGAUUCCUUUGAGCAUAAGAAAGUCAUUUCGUUAUGAAAAUAUUAUCAUGAACCUUUAAGCUGAUGGUCCGUAAAAGUUGAUGAGGAAAAUGACAGUUUAAUUUAUUUGCCAAUUUGAAUGGCUUGAAAUUUGACAUUUUUGGCCACACAAUACUUGAUGAGUGCAAAACGCCUCAUUCAACUUCAAGGUUGGAACUACUUCACUUACUUCCUGGGAAAUAAUUGAAAAUUGUGUAACACGAUGUCCUAGCCAAACUUUUUGGUUUCAGCUCUCAAAUCACGGGUUUCAGUCACUUUUCAGCCUGUUCAAGGUUAAGCUAUGUGGCCAGGUUUGCUUGAUCUCAAUUACAAUGUUUGUUUCCAUUCGCCACCAGCUCCGUGUUGUAAAUGUUCAUGAGUGGUUCUCAUUUGAGACUUUCAGCUCUCCGUCUCUCCCCGUCCUCCUCUUCUCUCUCUUUGUUUGGCCACCGUACCGAUGCUUAUUUGUCCCCAUGCCAGUUUCCUCUGCGUGGCUUGUUGUAAAGGGUGUAGGCAUUCUAAUGUCUUUCAUGUUGCUGUAAUAAAUAUGCUAAUAUUUCUAAUUUCUCA